CUUUGACAUAAUUGAUUGACGUUUCAGUUGCGGUUUGCUUGCUCUUGCUCUGCUACACAAUAGAAAAGUGUGGAUGUGAAUAUCGAAAAACAUUAAUAAGUAUAAUAAUGGCUUAUUUCAUAAAUUCUCCUGUAUUUAUUAGUGUUUUAUUGUUCGUUUUGAUUUCAGUCCCAAACUCACAAGGAUCUAAAGCGGAAUUUGUAACAUGCGGCUCUAUUUUGAAGAUGAUAAACACAGACUUGAGGUUACGGCUUCACUCGCACGACGUGAAGUAUGGUUCGGGCUCCGGCCAGCAAUCAGUGACUGCGGUGGACGUAGCUGAUGACUACAACAGCCACUGGCUAGUUCGUGCGCCCAUGGGAGAAUCAUGCAAGCGCGGAGCUCCUGUAAAAUGCAACUCCAACAUCCGUCUUCAGCAUGUAUCAACUAAGAAGAACCUUCACUCACACUACUUCUCAUCCCCACUGUCAGGAAACCAGGAGGUGUCAUGCUAUGGUGAUGAGGAUGGUGAGGGUGACACUGGAGACCACUGGACUGUCGUGUGCAAUAAUGAUUUCUGGAGGAGGGACACUCCUGUUAAGUUUAGACAUGUUGAUACUGGAUCGUUCCUGGCUGGUUCUGGUCGCACUUUUGGCCGACCAAUCAGUGGGCAGGGUGAGAUUGUAGGCGUCACUUCACAGUACGGCGCAUACACAGACUGGCAAGCCAAAGAGGGUCUGUUCAUCCACCCCGGUGAACUACUACCCCACCAACAUGCAAUACAUUCCGAGUUAUAAUUGUAAAAUAUUAUUUAUUGUAUAAUAAAUGUUUUUGUAAUUUAUUAGGAUCUAAUAUACAAUUUUGUUUGAUUAUGAAACCAGUAAAUGUGACACCAUCAGGACAAAUUAAUUUAGGUUUUCUUUUUUAAAAUAUCAUUUGUACUUAUUCAGGACAGUACUUUAUGAAAUAGAUAUGGAAAUAUAGUCACAGUUAUUUCACCAUAAUUAAUUUAAAGCCUAUAGAGGUAUAUUGUACAAAGUUAUACAUUUUUGUUAUACAUCGUUGUGUAUUUUGCUGCCUCAAUGUCAUGAAAUUGAGUUCCUAUGUCCUAAAGUAACACCAUGUACUAUUUCGUUUCGUGUAGGCGCCGUUUCCACAGACACACUAUGAGACGUAACUUAGCAAGUUUGAAGUUAUAGUAGUGCUUUUAUCGUUGCCUUAUAAUAAUAAGGCUUAGCCAUAGUAGAUAUUAGUUUUUUGUUCCCAAUUAAAAAAAAAAUACGUUAAGUUUUACGGUGUUAUCACCUGGUUAUGAGGCGUGCACCGCGUGAACCACGUGUCCAUCAAGGACCGGUAGGAAACAAGCGCGAAUUUCUAUUAACUGUCCGUUACGCUCUUAUAACAUUCCGUUGCCAAUCGUGACGUUAUCGUUUCAUAAUGAAAUUACCUGAUGAUGGCAGGAUGAAGUUUGUGUCACGUAGAAAUGGCGCCUGCUAGAUUAUUUUAUUACAAAUAAGCAAUAGGCAAUAUUAUUAUUUCACAUGAUAACGUUUUAUAAGGCUGGAUAAUUAAUAUAAUUUGACAAAGAAA